UUAGGGUGCCCUCAGUUUCUACUUUCCUCCCGCCCUUGCAUUUAAGUUUAUCUGCCUUCACCACAUUCUCGAUUUAAUCAGAUAAACAAAUUAAGAUGUCGAGAGCAACUGUCGAGCUUGAUUUCUUUGGCAUGGAGAAGCAGAUCUCCGCUAACUCUCGUUUCCCUAAGUUCCUUAAUCGCCAGAGGAGCUUUCGAGAUAUUCAGAGCGCUAUAUCAAAAAUCAAUCCUGAGCUUCUCAAGUCUGUCAUUGCCUCUGGUUCUGCCAAUCAGCAGAGUACUCCAGAAAAUGGCUAUCAGUUCGAUUCCAAAAAGUCAUUUUCGGUGCCUGCUACUCCUAAAGAAGAACAGACUCCAUUUCCACGUUUACCCGUCUAUUAUCCCCUUCAAAGGCCUGCUUUGGAGAAUCCUCCUCAAACUGCUCCUUUGACGAUUUUCUACAACGGAACCGUUGCGGUUUUCGAUGUUCCUCGAGACACGGCGGAGUCCAUUUUGAAACUUGCCGAAAAUGGAUUCUCCAAAGCUGUUGAAUCUACCAAUCAAAAACAAGUGCUGGAGAGCCUUGAAGGAGAUCUGCCGAUUGCUAGGAGAAAGUCUUUGCAGAGGUUUCUGGAGAAACGCAAGGAAAGGUUGACUUCACUGUCUCCUUAUGCUUGCACACCUGAUUGUCGUUCAUAGAGCGGAACUGAGAAGACCAUGAAAGAGUUGUUUCAGGAUAGGGACAAUUAGAAUACUGUUUCCUCCUUUAUGGCUCUGAGUUGGGGUUGCUUUCUAAUGUUCUUUCCUCUUUUGGCGGAGCAAAAGAAAAACAACAUAUACUUUAGAUAAUGGAAUUUGGCUUACUAGGGUCCGUUGAAGUGGUUGAGAGUCACGUUUUAGUAAUGUCUUGGCAAUUAGGCUAAAAUAUUCGUUUCCCUGCUUCGCUGUAGUUUCCUAUGGUCAUCAUCUCUCUAAUUGAUGUCAUUAUUUUAUCUACAGCAUUUAUAUCACGUUUACACUAACCUAUUCGUACAAACUUUAUUAUUUUUA